GAUACAAGCACAUUAAGUUCCAUUGUGAUCUAAUGAGGGGGAAGUAAGGUCAAAGGUGGUAGUGACUGUGUGCCUACAGACUUGUGCUCUGUGCUGCUCUCUGCUCCAACUCUAACAUGACGCCAGGGAGUGUGAAUGAAAAACUGGGGACUCCGACGAUUCCCCAGUUCUUCCAGGAGAGACACAUUCUCAUCACCGGAGCUACUGGCUUCAUGGGUAAAGUCCUCCUUUGCAAACUGCUGCGCUCUUGUCCUGGAUUGGGCAAGAUUUAUGUCCUCAUCAGAUCAAGCAGAGGGAAAGAUGCUGUUACAAGACUGAAAGAAAUGUUAACGUUGUCUUUGUUUGACGAUGUAAGAAAGGACCCUGGGUUUAGAGAGGACAAGAUUGUUGUUGUGGAGGGAGACAUUACAGCUCUUGGGCUUGGUUUGAGUGAAGCAGAUCGUGCGACAAUUCUAGAGAACGUAUCCAUAGUUUUCCACGUUGCAGCGUCAGUACGAUUCAACGAACCCCUUACCGAUGCCAUCCUCAUGAAUACCCGAGGAACUCGAGAAGUUGUCGAGUUGUGUCUCAAAAUGAAACAACUUGUGGCACUACUUCAUGUAUCAACCACUUAUUCAAACUGCGAGCACAAUCUUGUAGAAGAAGCUGUCUAUUUAAGCCCAAUGGAUUGGCGUGAUGCUAUUAGAAUCGCUGAAGAGUUGGACCCUGCAAUUGUCAACACUUUUGCUACCAAAUGCAUAGGAGAAAAGCCUAAUACCUACACAUUUACAAAGUGUCUAGCAGAGCAUGUGAUUUGGGAUCACCGACAUGUCUUGCCAAUUAUAAUCUUCCGUCCAUCAAUCGUGGUAUCAACAUGGAAGGAUCCAGUGCCUGGGUGGUUGGACAACCUCAACGGACCCGUGGGUGUGAUGAUGGGUGCUGGUCAUGGUGUUCUACGGGUCUCCAUGUGUGACCCUGAUGUUGUUCCAGACUAUAUGCCUGUCGACAUCGCCAUUAGAGCAAUACUCGUGGCUGUCUACCAGAAAGGAAUUUCAAAUUUUCAGGAGCCAGAGGAAUACAUAUUUAAUUGUGCAUCAACGUCAUCCUCCAUUUCCAACAAGCAGUUGAUUGAACUGGGUAUGAAAUUGGUUAAAGAGGUUCCCUUGACUACGACCCUCUGGUACCCAACUGAUGAUGUGACUACUAGUAGAACCUACUUCACCGUCAAAUCAUGGUUCGCUCACCUCCUGCCUGCAAUUGCUAUAGAUUUUGCCCUCCGUGCAUCAGGCCGAGAACCAAGACUGCUGAAAAUCCAACGAAAAAUAUUUAUUGCCAUAUUAGCAUUAUCAUACUUCACAUGCCAGGAGUGGAAGUUUAAGAAUGAAAAGUUCAUGAAGUUACUCUCUUUCAUUCUUCCUGAAGACAAAGUAGACUUUGAUUUUGACUUCAGUGAUAUUGAUCCUUCAACAUACUUCAGGCAAUGUGUUUUGGGGGCUCGAGUAUAUCUCCUAAAUGAUCCAAUUGAAAAUAUACCACUCGGACGAAAGAGAUUUCAAAGACUGUAUUGGGGGGACAAAAUUGUACGAGUGGCUUCCAUCUUACUCGCACUGUGGUUGUUGGAUUUGCCGAGACGGAUGAAUGACUUAUGGACUACUGUGGAUCACAACUACCUCAUAAGUCUUUAGGUUUACUAUGUUUAGAAUAGAUGCUACAUAAAUAAAAGAUCAAUUUUUGUAUUUUUA